CCUUGAAACUGGAAUGUAGCGUGACAUAUAGUAAUCGCAGCCCUAGCUUUUGACACCACCCAGAUAUUUGGUUCAUCCGUGUUCAGACGAAGAACUCGAUGGAAGCGAAGAAGAAGACGAAAUCACCAAGGAAGACCGAAAUCGAGUUCUGCGAGGUGUGCCGAUUGCAUCACGACCAAGGCUCGCGCCACAAGUACUUCCCUCGCCACAAAGCCUCCCUCUCUGCUUUCCUCGAUCGAUUCCGAUCCAAAUUAGCCGACGUCAGGUUCUUCCUGAAGAACCCUAUCGUUCUACGCCCCGAAGAGCAAUCACAAAACCGUGUCUGGUGUGUCUUCUGCGAUGAAGACAUCGUCGAGCUCGGUAGCUCCUUCGCCUGUUCUAAGGCAAUUAAUCACUUGGCAAGUCCCGAUCAUCAUAAGAAUAUCAAGCGAUUUCUCUGGAAAUAUGGCCCGGGAAUGGAUUGCAUAGAUGAUUUCCUAAUCUCAGAAGCUGAUGUAGCUAAGUGGGGGAAAAAAUGCAAGGCGAUGAGAAAUAAAGAGGCAUCUUCUUGUAAAGGGUCCUGUGGACAGCUUUCCGAGACAUCUAAUGAUAUCCACAAUAAACUUGAGUUUGAAACUAUGGAUAGAAUUGAAAAUUUCCCUGCACACCAUAUAAAUGAUGUUAUGCCUUUACUGUAUAAUACGAAUGAGUAUCAGAUAUCACAUUCAGAGCUUCCUGGAGUUACGCAUUUGAACGUGGAUGCCUCUCAUCUCCCUCUAUCUGCUGAUCCACUCAGAAAUCUACCAGGUGUGGCUGGAACUACUAGUAUUUCUUCCUCACAUUCCAGCGAUGCUAACGGGAACGUUCACUCUGGAGCUCCUCCACCGUGGCUCAAUGCAAAUGAUGGGAAUAUACAAUCAGAAAUUUCCAAAAAGAUGCCUGUAAAGACUUGUAAGCUGAACCCUAAUAGGGUUGGCGCUGCGUGGGCUGAAAGGAGAAAGAUGGAGAUGGAGAUGGAGAAGAAGGGACAUGCAAUGGAUAGCAACACUGACGCAGACUGGCUUCCCAACUUUGGCCGAGUUUGGCAAUCAGGCACUCGUAAAGAAUCCAGAAAAGAAUUUGACAAGGAAAAACGAAAGUUGGUCAAAACUGAAAGCAUUUCUAUGGAAUCAGAACCAGUCCAGAUACAACCGUACAUUAGCAAACGAAUGCGAAAAGAGAAGAGUGAUGAGUGACGGUUGUGGCCGACAUUCAAAAUGGAGUCGAGUAUGGAUCAUUCAUGUAGAAGUCUUAUAAUCCUCUUUUCUUGGAGCUCUGAAAGAAAUUAAGAGAAACCUGAUUCUCCUGGCACAAGAACUCCCAGGAGAGCCACUUCUCAGCAGUCCUGUGCACAUCAUGCACCAAUACAUCCGUUGUGGAGUUGCUUCUUCCUUUUCUUGCUAACACAGCUGCAGUGUAUAUACUCCCCAUCCUACCUGGCGCCUCUAAGUCAUCCCCACGUGGCCCAUCAACAACGAUCACAUCCCAUUUGAUCUUGUCUACUUCCUGUGGCAAAUCCCUCAGUUUCAGUUUGCACUCCGGUGAGCCUUGACGUAGAUUAUUCACAUUUGGUGCGCAUGCGGGAUUAGCUCGGGCAUGUCGAAGCAGCUUGUUCGUCUUCUAGAAUGACGGUGAUGCCUCUUGUGUUGAUUGAAGAUAACAUGAGGUAUUGAGGUGUAAACCCGAAAACAAGAACGUUGCAAGGGGAUCUACGAGUAACUGUAUCUAAUAAGAGCUUGAGUUCCUUUUCCGUGAGAACGCUCUGGCUCGCAUUAGUAGCCCUGAUGUGCUGACUGGACUCUGCCGGACUCGACCGAAAUGUGAUGGAAGAGAAGGGACGAGAAGCAGAGGAUGACGAAGACUUUAAUGAAAUCCGGAGGAGUCGAAGAACAGAGAGGCUUGAAAGAACGAAGAUAAGAAGGGGUAUGAGUUUACGCACAGUGAAUUUUGGCAUCGUGAUCUUUGAUUCUCUCUGGUGUUUUAGAUUGUCAGGGGAGGAAGGUGGUGAAAAUCUAAGUAGAGGAUUGAGAAUAGGAAGUGAAGAUUGAUGAAUUUGUGGAGGCAUUUUUUACUGUUCUCACCUUUUAUUCAAUAUCUUCAGGUCCUCAAAAGAUUUUUGUUAAUGCUGUUUUCAUCUUUGUGGUUUUAAAUGAUCAACAAUUAUGUGUGUUAGUGUCAUCUUCGAGUGAAUGGCAAGGAAAGGUCGUAUUGCUUCUAUUCCAAGAUUCUCUCUUCUUCAUUUUUCUUGUUGUC